CUGCCAGAAUAAAAAGCCCCGCUCUCCGCUCUCCGGCCUUUGGGCUCUUCCUGAGAGAGAAGAAGGAGAAGGAGAAGCAGAGCCAGCUCAGUCCCAGGCAGGAUGCUGGGGCUCCCGCUGUGGCCCCUGGGGCUCCUCCUCCUCCUCCUGGUCCCUCUGGCAGAGAGCAAAGGGAAAAGGAAUGCCCUUCAUGACUACAAAAAGACAUCUGAUACCUUAUUAGUGGGAAUAGACAAGGCACUGAAAGUGAAAACUAAACUGGUAAACUCAACAGAACAGUGUGCCAAGAGAUGCAACAGAAACAAAGGCCUCCCAUUCUCCUGCAAGGCUUUUGUAUUUGAUAAAACUGCCAAACGCUGUCGUUGGUUGUCUUUCACUACUCUCGACAAUGGAGUGAUGAGGAGGCAAAACAACACAUUUCAACUUUACGAAAAGAAAGAUUAUGUAAGAAAUUGUAUUGUUGGCAAAGGAGCAAAUUAUAAAGGAACUGUGUCAGUCACCAGAAGUGGUAUCCGUUGCCAGGCAUGGAAUUCCACAAUACCUCAUGAGCAUAGCUUUUUGCCUUCGAGCUAUCGAGGUAAAGAUCUUCGGGGAAACUACUGCCGGAACCCACGAGGAGAAGAAGGUGGGCCCUGGUGUUUUACAAGCAAUCCAAAAAUGCGUUAUGAAGUCUGCGACAUACCUCUGUGUUCUGAAGUUGAAUGCAUGACAUGCAAUGGGGAAGGCUAUAGAGGCCCAAUGGACCAUACAGAAACUGGCAAGGAAUGCCAACGCUGGGACCUUCAGAGACCACAUAGGCACCCAUUUCGUCCAGAGAAAUAUCCUGACAAAGGCUUUGAUGAUAAUUAUUGCCGCAAUCCAGAUGGGAAGCCGAGGCCAUGGUGUUACACUCUUGACCCAAAUACCCCAUGGGAAUAUUGCAACAUUAAAACAUGUGAUCAGCACGUGGAGAACAACUCUGAAUCAGCUGCUGAAACAGUGGACUGUAUCAGAGGACAAGGAGAGGGCUACCGUGGUACGGUGAACACCAUAUGGAGUGGUACUGAAUGCCAGCGCUGGGACUCACAGACACCUCAUAGACACAACUUCACACAAGAAAACUUUAAAUGCAAGGACUUAAGAGAGAACUACUGCCGAAAUCCAGAUGGAGAGGAGGCACCCUGGUGUUUUACCACCAAUCCCCAAAUACGAAUUGGGCAUUGCUCUCAAAUACCCAAAUGUGAUGUGCCAAAUGAGCAAGAUUGCUAUCGAGGGAAUGGGACAAAUUACAUGGGAAAUGUAGCCCGCACCCGGUUUGGUUUGACAUGCUCUCUGUGGGAUCAAAAUAUACAAGAUUUGAGGAGGCACCUGCCAAUAUAUAAAGAUCCAGAUAUUAGCAAGCUGAAGAAAAAUUAUUGUCGCAAUCCAGAUGAUGAUGCUCAUGGGCCUUGGUGCUACACAAGUGAUCCUCACGUUCCCUGGGACUACUGUCCUAUAUCUAGAUGUGAAGACGAUACAAUUCCUAUGAUGAGCAGUUUAGACCCCAUUGUAAUUCCUUGUGCCUCAACAAAACAACUGAGAGUUGUUAACGGAAUUCCAACUCAACCUGACAAAGGAUGGAUGGUUAGUUUGAAAGACAGCAGAGGCAGACAUUUCUGUGGUGGUUCAUUGGUAAAGGAAGACUGGGUCCUGACAGCAAAGCAGUGUUUUCCUUCUCGGUAUAACCUCAAUGACUAUCAAGCUUGGCUUGGAAUACAUAAUGUUGAAAGAGCCCAUGAAGAGAAGCAUAAACAAGUUCUGAAUAUCUCCCAGUUGGUGUAUGGCCCUCAAGGAUCUGAUCUAGUAUUGCUGAAGCUUUCCAGGCCAGCAGUAAGCAGUGAUGCUGUUGCUAUCAUCAGGUUGCCCAUUUCUGGAUGUACUAUUCCAGAAGGCACCACCUGCAGUGUUUAUGGAUGGGGACAUACAGGACGCACCACCUUUGAUGGGAGACUCCAAGAAGCAAACAUGAUCAUUGUGGGAAACGAGCGCUGCAAUCAAGAUUUGGGAGGCAAUAUAGUUGUGAAAGAGUCAGAAAUGUGUGCUCGAGCUGAGAGCAUUGGCAGUGGAACUUGUGAGCGGGAUUAUGGUGGCCCACUGGUCUGUGAACAAAACAGAAUUAAAAUAGUAGUGGGAGUGAUUAUUCCUGGGCGUGGAUGUGCGAUUCCCAGACGACCCGGGAUUUUUGUCAGGGUGGCCUACUACUCAAAAUGGAUACAUAAAAUCUUAAUGACGUACAGAUCAUAGCUGACCAUUCCAGCCAAGUAAGAAAAUUCCAGCCAUGGGAACAUUUUGGAAAGUAUGAAAUUGAAUUGUAAUAGGAAGAUCCCUUAUUUUUUUUAAAGGGAAACAUAACAUCAAUCAAGUACCACUUGACAGUCGUGUUUUGCAGAUAUUUAUGGAGAUUUCUGCCAUGUUCUGCCUCUUGGAUGCUCUGCGUGACGUGAACUGUGGUAUAAGCAAGUGUGGUGACCUAUUUCCUGAAGAUACUUGAAUGGAAAGCAAAACUGCAAGAUUGAUUGCUGGAUGAGGAAUUAGUUCUGUGGAAUUAGAAUGUCCAAUUUUUUAUCUGCUGCUGGUUAGGUCAGCUUGUUGAUGAAAUGGAAACAGAAUUCGAGAUUUACAAUAUUUUUCCUUACUUUUGUAAGCCUCUUAAUUCUUCUUAGGACAUUGAUAAAUGUGUUUGUAAACCAGAAAUGAUGCUCCCUCCUGCUAAAAUCUCAGUUUUAAAUGUAUUUCAGUCUCCUUUAUAAAUGGCUGCUUGGAUUUACAGCCCAGUUAAGUAAAGUUAUCUUUGGUUACAUUUCCUGUUAAUAGGAAGAGUUCCGUGCACACACUGUUUAUGGGAUUUGAUUCCACAUUUGCUGCUGUUUUGGACUAUGAAAACAAUCACCUAAAUUAAUGAACAUACUUAGAAGCACUGAUAACAAUGUGUAAGCCAUGCUUAUACAGUAGCUGCAUUUUUGAACUAGGUAGGUUUUUCUAUAAGUGAGUAUAGAAGAUUCCAAGAAAUGGAGUCUGACAUUCAUAUGGUAGACCAUUUUUACUGGUGUAUGGACUGGGAUCCAAAGAUGUUUGCAGUGAGUUUGGUGUGCUUGAUGUGGUUUUUGAUCCCUGAGCAGCAGCAAUCCACCAUGCCAUGGGGGGAAAUACUUCAACACUAAGGAGUCUUAAAACUGUGUGUGUUAUGGCAUGCAGAGAUCUCUUAGUCAAAGGAGAUGGAAUGCAAAAUGGUCAUGGCUAUAUUAGAUCUUCAGAUACUAAUUAGUACAGGACUUGAUCCCUGUUGUCCUUGUCGGUAUGCAGUGUUUCUCAAAGUUGUGCUUCCAUGUGAUGUUGGGCUUCAGCUUAGAAAACAUGGUAGGCUAGAAUGUAUGGGAGUUGUAAUCCAACAUUAACUGGGAUAUGAUGCUGGGGAACCAUUGCCUUAAUAGCCUGUUGGUGUGAAUAGCAUCAUGUUUCACUUGUCUUUCAUGUCUUUUACAUUCAGACACCACUGAAAGUGGUUCUGCAAUUUGCUGCACCAUAGCUCUGAAGGAUAUUUCCCAGUUAUUUCUCCCAAAGAUCCUUCCUUUCAGCUUUCAACGACUCUACAAACCCCAGUUGCUUUUCUUCCUAAUCCUUGGCCAAGUUUCCAGAUCUAUAUUUGUGUUUCAGUACAUUUCUGGAAGCUGUGUUAAGGAAUAACAAAUGGUAGUUUUGUAAACUGAUACACACACAUACAGACACACAUACUUUCAUUGCAAUAGGUACGUAAACAUCAAUUAUGAGGUGACAAUUCCAUGCUGCAUUAAAGCAUUAUAUUGUCCUGAAUAUGCCAAGAAUGCUUGCAUAUUGUGGGAUAUUAAGAAUACUAAUUUAGCCCUUUCUCUUAUCCCAAACCCUGCUUGUCAGAAUUUAAAGCUACAAUGCAGGAGAUAAUAAUUUAACAGCAUGUGUAAACAUAUAUGAGUUAGCUUACCUGGACCUUUUCCACAUGAGUUCAGAUUAUGGUAAUCGUUUUCAAUGUUCUCUAGAUAUUUGUUCCACUUAUCACUGGUCUUAAAGAUGUUUGUUUUGGGAUAUGCUUUAUUUUUUUUUACUAGAAACCUGAGAUCAACCAGUCAGAGCCAGGUGCAGAAAGCAUACACUUAGAGAUUUCUGAGGUCUGGAAUGUAUUUCGAGUAACAGCACUCCUUCUGUAGAGUCCUUCUACUCUAAAAUCUACCUGAUUCACUCCAAACUCUCCUCAUAUCAGUUGUACCAUUUAGUCAUUUUGCUGCUACUAUUGUUAACCAAUGGGAGUUGAAACUAUCUGGUGUUACAAAUUACCAAGUAGUGAUAUAAUUCUUCAUUACUUUCAUUCUUGAAGGAAACCUCUAGUAAUUUUAACAUUUUUUCUUCUCUUUGUGAAAAGGGCUUUGAAAAUUACACAGUUUUGGAAAAUUAUUUCCUAUCUCAGACUUAUUCUACACCAAAUUCAGAUGGUAUAUUUUUGCAUAUGAGACAGCAUUUCCUGUACAUGAAACAGAAUUUUCUGCACAGAACAUGAUAUCUUUUGUGUUGAAAUAUUGUUAUCUAUGCAUAAAGGAUCUGCUUCCUAUGCAAAAAAUGCAAUUUUCCAUGAGAUUAAUCCCGAACUGCAAAUAAUAUUGUCAGUCUGGAAUUCUUCUGAUCAGGAUUUCCUGACACUUGGGAAACCUAUUUUUAAAACCUAUUUUUAAAAAAAAAAAAAAGUUUUAAAAUACUCCUUCCAUCCCUAUUACUGAGAGAUUUAACAGCAGACAACUAUCUACCAUUACCCAGAAUUAAAGCACAUUUCUUAUCCAUAUUUGCCAUUUAAAAUUCUAGGCUCCAGUUCUAUGAAAAUUAAUGUAUAUGGCAUCCAGGGUAGACAGUAUAUCCCAUUCAAAAACAGAAUAUCAGAGUGCUUAUAGCUUGUCAUUUGUGGUGAAAUACAGCUUUGCAAGCUCAAAAAUUUGCAUGUGCAAAUUCUUGCCAAAGGGCUGCAGAUUUAUUUCCUUGUGUUUUCCAAAAGGAUUAACUGGUUGGCUCUCAUAGUUAGAUGUAGCUGUGAAUUUAUGACUUGCACUGAUGAAUCUAUAGUGAUGCCUGUAGUAGGUCUUUUCUAACAUGCUACCUAUCAUUCAUAUUUUCAUUAUAAAUAACUGCUGCCAAAUAUUAGAUGCACAGCCUUGUCCCAAAAUGGUAGAGGGCUUUAACAUAGCAAGCAAGCAAACAAACAAACCCAUGGUUCAUUUCCAAGUAUUUACUGAAAGCAGUUAAUGCUAGUUCUUUAGUAAGGUUAUCUGUCUUAGGGAUGUAAACCUCAUUUUUUUCUUUCCAAACAGAUGAAAUAUAGCACCAGAAACUGAGGCUUUUGUAUAUUUAGUUCAAAGAGGUUUCAUUAUUUUUACACACCAUUUUAAUAAUUUCUAAACUGAAGUAAUGAUAAAAAACAACAACACUCACACAUUUUAAAGUCAAUAAUGGAACCUGAGUUGUGUGAUCAGAAUUUUUAACUCUGGUAUCCGUAGCAGCGUUACUGUGCAUUUUGAUGGUUUUUAUUCUUUAAGCAACCCAGACUCAUCAACCAAGAUUUUUGUAUUUAAGCCAAUUGAAGCUAGCUAUAGUUAAUGUAGCUGGCUCUAUAUAAAACCAGUUCCUUCAAUUUAUCAGUGCUAUGGCUUGAGUCGUGUCUUUUGAAAAUGUUAUCCUUGCCCUCUAAAAUCUUCUCUUUCUACAUUUGUAUUCGUAACAGAUACAUGAAGGAAAUAGUGAUGUUUAUGAGGCAAUGAAUAAAUUGUCAUUCACUUUGCAUUUUUUUUCUCAUGAUUUAUGUACUCUGUAUUAUAUGUGCAACAUUUUGUAUUAUGUAUGCAGGCAUUUUGUUCAGUGUAAUAAAAAUGAUUCUAAAAUAUUAUAAAAUUCUGCUGUGCAGAAGACAAUAUGAAUUUAUAUAUAGAUAUAUAUAAAUAUGAAAUAUAUAUAUUGGGGAAGGAGUUGCUAGAACACAUAAGGCUUUUAAAGAAUACUUUUUUUCUGAGCUGAGUCUCAGCAGAUUUAGUUGUAUGGAAUUUAUUAUUUAGAAAAUACAUGCAAUUGUCUGUCAAACCAUGUUUUGGAGGUUAUUGACACAGUACUUUUCCCCCCCUGUCCUGAUAAUCUUCUGGUACUCAUUCACAUGGAUAAACGUAAUUACAAGUACCAGUCUAUCAUGGGUACAGAGCAUUUCCUUAGAUGACAGGGACAUCUUUAGACCAAACAGCCAGAAUAAUAGCAGAUCAGGACUGUAAUGCCUAUGCUGCUGUGAUUCCUCAGUUCAGGGAGCUAGGAUCUAGCAAGCCCAUGAUAUAUCCAAGUCAUACCUCGAAUUGUCCCAGUUUGGCAGAGACAGUCCCAAUUCAUCCCCUGUUAUUGUGAUUUUGUAGCUGCUUUUAAAUUGUCACAGUUUCUCUCCUGUACUCCCACUUUCCCCUGUUGUCUUCCACCUACUUCCAUUGGUGCAAUCUGCAUUUGAAGUGCAAAAGUAGUUUGCACUUUCUUCCCACUUUACACCAGCACCCCAGUCCUACAAACCUUAUGAAGUCCCUUUGUGCUCACAGCUAAAUACCUAAAGCAACCCAUGCAUAAGCAGAACCACUCAGGGUUUCUUAUAUGUGGGUCUCCUUUAGUAUGGCCUUGGAGUCUUUCCAUAUGAAUGAGUGUAUAUCAAUCGAUUUUUGAGAACCCAGGAUCAGGAGAAAAAAGUCUGUAGUAGUGGUGGGAUCUGAAAAACAGAGGGAGGGAAAUUAACGAUAUUUGGCAAGAAUUUGUGCUUCAUUUAUUCCUAUGAAUAUUUCUUGUUGGUACCCAUGGUACUUUACCAUGCAAAUGUUUCAGUUACAGCACUUGUGCUAUAAAGGAUGCUGUCAAGCAACUAUGCCAUUACUUUGAUAAGAUUACCUUUCUAUCAAACCUGGAGAAUGGAUGCAGUUUUCUAACUGGACAUUUAGCAUCCCUCAUUGGCACUGGGGAUGAAUUCUACAAAGCAGGCCGUUGUGUAUUUUUGUUCCUUGUAUGUGCCUAUUAUUUCUCUUUCUUUGUUUUUAAAAUGAAUACACGGACAUAUUUGUUUUAAGUCAAAACCACAGCUGGAUGCUGACUAAUUUUGUUGAGUAUAAGAGAUUUGGAUUGAAACAGUCAGAAGGUAAACUGUUUAAAGUGAUUUUUUUUUCAGAAAUGACUUUUUAAAUUCAUUGCUAUGUUUUUAUAUUUUGCCAUGUACUGCUUCAUCUGGUGCCCAGGCAGCGGAGAGAGAGAGAGAGAGAAAUACUGACAAUACAACCAUAUUUCCUUUCUUUUAAAAAUACUACAACCAACCCCCCACCCAAUAGAUCAACUGAUUUUCCUGACAAUCACUAUAAUGCUGGUAGAGAACAUCUGGUCCUCCAGACAUUGUUGUAUUCCAGCCCCCAAAUAUAUUGUUGUAUUCCAGCCCCCAAAAGCAUACCCACUGAUAAGGGCUGAUGGAAACUGCAGUCCAACAACAACCAGGUUGUCAGCGUUUCUCCAUUUCUCCCCCAGGAGCCUGCCUGAAAGACCAUUUGUUUGAUGUAUACAUUGCCAUAUUAAAAUAGCCUUUCUUUACUCUCUCAUCAGUAUUGGCCUGUUGGUAAAAGGGACCUUAUUAUUUCCUUCAGGUUAUCAUUGACAGUAUCGGUCUAGCUUUACAGUGCUGUAAUUGGAACAGUUGGGUGUUUUUCUUUGAAUACUUUUCUGCAUAGAUGCUGCCACUUGGAAACCUAUUAACUAUGUUUCUGAUUUUGCAACAAUUCUGUAACUAAAGGCAUCAUCACUAGCCAUUAAAGUUGGUAUUUUUGUAUCUUUAUUAUUAUUAUUAAUAAAAUAUUUUAUCAAA